ACACCCCAAAAAUACCCAAAGCCUGAGCACUCCCUUCUUCCCUUUACCUCGCUGCUCUUCUUCUUCUUCUUCUUCAAACAACCACCAGAGUUAACGGCGUUAAGUCAGCUGCAAGGCCGUUAACAUUACAUUCUUCCACAGAAAUCUCUUUUCCCUUUAAAUAUCGCCACCCUUUUGCCCAUUUUUUCACUCAAAAAAGAAAAGCCACGAUGUCUCGUGUUGUAGCGGAAAGUAUAUUGCCGGAUAAUAAUACUUCUUCCCAGUUUUUCCCUCACUCGAUGGAGCUUGUCUCCGGCGAGUUUUCAACAGCCGCUGGAGCUUCCCCGACUCUCGGGCAAUUGCUUAAACACGUCGGCGAUGCACGGAAAGAAGCCACUGGCGACGAAACUCCGGUCCAUGAAAUCCUCGUCGAUGUUACCCAGCCUCGGCCAAUGCCAUUUGUUCUUUCCUUUAACAACCUUAGUUAUAGUGUAAAGGUUUCCCGCAAGAUGGCGCUUCCGGGGUUUUUGAGACAGAGGACCAGUAGCGCCGCCUCCAGUGGCAACCCGCUAGCUGCAGAUAGGUACUUUAACAAGACGAAGACGUUGCUAAAUGAUAUCUCCGGGGAGGCUCGAGACGGAGAGAUACUCGCUGUGCUUGGAGCGAGUGGGUCAGGGAAAUCGACGCUUAUCGAUGCUUUAGCUAAUAGAAUAGCUAAAGGGAGUUUGCAAGGGAACGUGACUUUAAACGGCGAAGUUUUGGAGUCGCGGAUGCUGAAAGUGAUUUCAGCUUAUGUUAUGCAAGAUGAUUUGCUUUAUCCAAUGCUUACCGUCGAAGAAACCUUAAUGUUCGCUGCCGAGUUCAGACUUCCUCGGACUCUGUCGAAAUCCAAGAAGAAAAUGCGAGUUCAAGCUUUGAUUGACCAGUUAGGCUUAAGAAACGCAGCCAAAACUGUUAUCGGUGAUGAAGGUCAUCGUGGUGUCUCUGGCGGAGAGCGUCGUCGUGUGUCAAUUGGAAUUGAUAUAAUUCACGAUCCCAUUAUUCUGUUCUUGGAUGAGCCAACAUCAGGGCUUGAUUCGACGAGCGCCUUCAUGGUGGUUAAAGUUUUGCAGAGGAUUGCUCAGAGUGGAAGCAUUGUUAUCAUGUCAGUUCAUCAGCCAAGUUAUCGAAUUCUUGGUUUGCUUGACAGAUUGAUAUUUUUGUCUCGCGGACAAACUGUUUACAGUGGUUCACCUACAAGCCUGCCGCUAUAUUUCUCCGAGUUUGGGCAUCCGAUACCCGAGAACGAGAACAGAACUGAGUUUGCUCUCGACUUAAUCCGGGAACUCGAAGGAUCUCCUGGAGGAACAAAAAGUUUGGUUGAAUUCAACAAGUCAUGGCAAAACACGAAGCAUCCAAUAUACACCGAGCCAGAUCGGCUUGGUUUGUCACUCAAAGAUGCAAUAAGCGCCAGCAUUUCAAGAGGUAAACUUGUCUCAGGUGCUAGCAAUGAUGUCACUUCCACUUCCAUGGUUCCAAGGUUUGCAAAUCCUUUUUGGAAAGAAAUGGUGGUGUUGUCAAACAGAUCCAUCUUGAAUUCAAGGAGGAUGCCCGAGUUGUUUGGUACCCGUUUCGGAGCUGUUAUGGUAACGGGGUUCAUCUUAGCCACCGUAUUCUGGCGGCUUGAUAACUCACCCAAAGGGGUCCAAGAAAGAAUAGGGUUUUUCGCUUUCGCCAUGUCAACGACCUUUUACACUUGUGCUAAUGCUCUUCCAGAUUUUCUCCAAGAAAGGUACAUUUUCAUGAGAGAAACUGCUUACAACGCUUACAGGAGAUUAUCUUAUGUUAUAUCAAACGCCUUGGUGGCUUUACCGGGGUUGAUUUUCCUGUCAUUAGCUUUCGCGGCUACAACCUUUUGGGCAGUAGGGCUUGAUGGUGGAUUUUCAGGCUUCCUGUUCUAUUUCCUGAUCAUGUUUGGUUCAUUCUGGUCUGGAUGUUCAUUUGUCACAUUCCUAUCUGGUGUUGUUCCUCAUGUGAUGCUGGGUUACACUAUUGUCGUCGCCAUUUUAGCCUAUUUCUUGCUCUUCAGCGGCUUCUUCAUCAACCGGGACAGAAUCCCGGCGUAUUGGAUUUGGUUCCAUUACUUAUCCCUUAUCAAAUACCCUUAUGAAGCAGUUUUGCAAAACGAAUUCGACCACCCCACAAAAUGUUUCGUGAGGGGCAUUCAGAUUUUCGACAACACCCCACUUGCAGCAGUCCCAGGCCCCAUGAAAGUGAGAUUAUUGCAGUCAUUGAGCAAUACUUUAGGGAUGACGAUUACAAGCUCGACCUGCUUGACAACAGGAGUGGAUAUCUUGAAACAACAAGGGGCAACAGAUUUGAGCAAAUGGAAUUGCUUGUGGAUUACUGUGGCCUGGGGGUUCUUGUUUAGGAUUUUGUUCUACUUCUCUUUGUUACUUGGAAGCAAGAACAAGAGGUCAUGAGGAAAAAAACACAGGUGAGGAAAGCAUGUGGUUGGAAUAAGAAUUGAUUUGGCAAGGGAGGUUGCUGUAAUCUGUGUGUUUCUUUAUUAUAAUUAUUAUCUUUUUGGGUUUAAUUUCUUCAAUUGGACUUUGUAAUUUGACUGUUGGUAGAGCUGAGUUGAUCAGGUUCUGGUGUAAAACUGUUGCAUAUUAAAUGGAAAGUGGAUUUUCCAUUCAGAAAUUAUUAAAUCUUCAUUCUUUUUCUUCA